AUGGAAAAUUAUUGGAUCUUACAAUUCGUGCCAUCGAGCAUCUCCCACCCAACCAGACGAUGCCUAUGAAGAGGUUCUUAUUGGAGGUGGAACCACCGAGUCCUGUGAGAUACUUGAUCGGAUCAGCAAUCAUGAUGAUUGGCGUCGUUUUACCCCUUGGUUACAUGAUGUUCCGCAACAAACGUGUUCCGUCUUCUUCAUCUUUCGCUAAACAGACGUAGGAGCAAAGUUAUGAUAUAGAGAUGCAAAGACAUGGAAUUGUGUUUGGUUUUUGUAGUUUGACUCAAAGAAGAGAGACUGUGAGCUCAUAGCAAGUAUGCACACACAGGGAAUGUAAAUGCUUUAAGCUCAAAACUCUCAUCUGUGAUAUUCAGGACUCGAGUUCAUCCUAGAAAUGACAUCCUUGAGUUGAGGCUGUUUUUCAAGUUUUUUUGGAUGUAUUUCCUGAUGUGUAGUCUGAUCUCUCUAGGCGCUUUAAUACUUCUUUAUAAGAACGACAAAAUCCAGUUCAUUUUCCCUUUUAUUUGAUG